UCGUACGCCGUCGAUAUCUUGCUUGUGUUGCACCCGCGUGUUCGUCGCUUCGUUUAUGUUCCAGUGUUGUAUAAAUAGAACUUUCAUAGUUGGAGAACGUGAGCUCAACGUCCAGAUUUAGCUAUUUUGAAAGAGAACUCGUGCUAUUAAUAAACGUGAUGUGAACAGUGUUCGCUCGAUUCAACAGCUUCGUGCUCUCAGUGGUGCGAGAUCUAUAGCGUUUUGUAAACGCAGUGUAUUUAAUUCAAAAUGGGUGAAAUAUCAGAGCCAAUAAAAAAAUGCAUACUCAUACUAAAAGCUGCUCAAAGCGAUACCGAAAAAUUCGCAGCCCUCUUUAUGGUAACAAAACUCGUUAAAGGAAAGGACUGCAAUGCGGCGGCGAAGAAAGCCUUAUUUGAAGCAAUAGGAUUUAAAUUCCUGAAGAAACUCCUGACUGGUGCAAACGCUCAAGAUGAUUGCCCUCCCUCUGUUUACAAAUCAGUUGCACUCUCAAUACUUACAUGUUUUUGCAAUGAACCAGAACUUGCAACUCAUCCUGAAAUGCUUGCAAAUAUACCAGUUUUCCUUGAUAUAGUUCAAACAUCUGACAAUGAAGACUAUGAUGAUAACCUCAUCAUCAUCAGUGAAGCCUAUACCUGCCUACAAUGUAUUGCUGAACAAGAAGCUGGACAAAAAGCUCUUAUUGAAGUUGGUGCCAUUACUAAAAUGUCUGAAAUUUAUUCCCACCAAAGUUUUCAGACUGAUGAAGCAUUGAACAUUUUAGUGAAAUUGGUAAGUCGCUAUGGCCCUACAGCAUGGGGCAAUGACCCAAAACCUUUUCAUGCACUGGUCAAUAAAAUUGCAUUGGAUUUUGCAACAGACCAGUCUGAGCGUAAAUUUGAGCUAGCUACUAUAUUAAGUGCCCUUCUAUAUAGUUGCAAUAAAAACACUAUCCUACCAGGAGCAUCUGAUGAAACUUGGCCUCAAAGUAUUUACAGAGCACUUCAUGAUAUUCUUACCAGCAAAAUAGGAAAAAACCAAAGAGAUCCUGCUUUGAAAUUGGCUGCCAAUAUAAUAGAUCUAUUAGGUAUUGAAUGGACAUUUAAUGAUGAAGAGAACCCAAAGAAAUUCUUCUUAUUGCUUUUACAAUUAUGUGCCAUUGAAAUCAGAAUGCAACUAGAGGACAGGAGUUUCAAACAAGCUUUUGCUAAUGGUGACUUGGUUACUGCAUGUUUUAUUGUACUAGAGUCCUCUAUCAACUAUAUGGCCACAGAUCAACUGGAUUUAGAACAAAAAGAAAAGCAAUCUGUAUAUACAAGUCUAAAGGGUGCUUUUAAUGCUGUUGUCUCCUUACUAACAAAAGUUUCAAAUGAUAAAAACAGAGAUAAACUCCCUGAUGCAGAGAAAGUAUUUGUGUGUGCAAUGGUAAGAGUGUUAGUUGCUUGGCUAGCCCAAGAAACUACAGCAAUGAGGGACCAAGUGUAUAACUUACUACCAUUUAUGUUUUCCCUGGCCAAUGACUCCUUCCAUGCUUAUAGAUCAAGAAAACUAGCUGAGAAAAAUAAGUCUGAAGGAGAACCAAUGGACACUGAUACAACUUUAAUGGGACAAAUUGACUUGCUAAGGUUGAUGUUACCUGCCCUUUGCCAUCUUGUUGUAGAAGAUAAAGCUAGAGACAUUGCUUUAAACUUGAAACAAGAAGACAUUUUGUAUGAAGCAAUGAGCUUCCACUGGUCCAUUGUGCAUUAUAAAAAGCCCCCCAUUCCAAAAUCAGAGAGGGGAAAGGCCAGAACUCAACCAGAACCAGAAUUAGAUCCAAAAGUUUUAGAAGACAUGAAGGACUCAAGAGCAGCUAUGGUUAGCCUUUGUAAUAUAUUCAUGAACCUCACAGUGUUAGCUCCAAAAGUAGUUGAAAACAGUCUUUUAUUUAACACUCUGCUCAAAUUUAUAUUCAAUAACCUCCCAGAAUUGAAAAAUGUACCUGAGAAUCUAGUAUUACAUGGACAUCUUGCUGUCUUAGGAUUGUUAUUACUCAAGCAACAAGCCAAUAAAGUUAAGAAGAAUGACUUCUCAAUUUGUAGAUACAUUCAGUCAACUAUACGGUUCCUAUGGGAUGCGUAUAUGGUUGAUGAGUCUAAUGACCCCAGUACUCUUGUUGUAUCCAUGACCUACAAAGAAAAUUGGAAUGAAAUAGCAGAUCUCUGGUUUUUGGGCAUGCAAACAUUGAGUGGUGUUUUGACAAUUGUUCCAUGGAUCUCUGAAUUUGCAAUUGAAAGUGGGUGGGCAGAGGGUAUUGCCGAGAUGUUAGCUAAAGUAAAAGUAGGCACGCUAGCUCCUAAUAUUAAAUCAGCAUUUGAAGAUUUCCUGUGCAGAUUAGUUGACUCAAAUGAAGAUGCCAAAAAGGUAUUAAAGAAAGGUGGUGCAUUAAAAAUGUGCAGAAGCCACAGAAUGAUGGAUCUAGGCAAAAAGUUAUUUGGUGAUUAAGAGUUGUUCAUAACUAAAUAUAGCUUUUAAUAUGUGUGCUAUUAAUACUUUUCAACAAUGGUAUGUAAGACUAUUGUAAAUAAUGUUUUUGGAAAUUAAAACUAUUUUCAAAUGUUAAACGCAUUGAUGUUUUUUCAAAUAAAUAAUUAAAAGCAA